GUCUCCCUUAUGCCGUCUUCCGUCAAAACAUCAAGUUGAAAAAGGCGGGGCAGACAGAUCUGAGCUUUGUUUGUAGAUCUGAUUGAGUAGUCUCCCCUUUUGGCCUGAUUGAGAAGUCUACCAGUUGAACUCACAACAACAAGCAUCAGGAUGAACAUCUUGCCUUGUUUUGGUUCCAUGAAGAAAUAUAAAAACCAAGACUAUGUAAAGCUGAAAAAGGAAAGCAAAGCUAAAGGAAAUUUAUUUAUAGAUUUGGAAUUCCCACCAGAUGACCGUUCCUUAUUCUAUAGUCAGGGGAAGUUGGCUGAUGUGGUGUGGAAAAGACCGAAGCAAAUCACUGACAACCCCAAGCUAUUUGUGGAGGGAGCCAGUGCUGGGGACGUUACUCAGGGUCGCCUUGGUAACUGCUGGUUUGUCGCCGCCUCCUCUUGUCUAUCAGCAAACAAAGAUGUCUGGGACAGGGUAAUCCCAGACUGGCAAGACCAGGAAUGGGAUGACAAUGAUACUGACAAGUAUCAGGGAAUAUUUCAUUUCCGGUUCUGGAGGUAUGGAGAGUGGAUAGACAUUGUCAUUGACGAUAUGUUACCCACCAUCAACAAUGAACUGGUCUUUAUUCACUCCCAGAGUAAGAAUGAAUUCUGGAGUGCCCUGCUGGAAAAAGCCUAUGCGAAGCUGUUUGGUUGCUAUGAGGCCCUAGAUGGGGGAGAGCUGGGUGAGGCUCUGGAGGAUUUUACCGGUGGUGUUUCUGAACAGGUUGACCUAAAAGGUCUGGACCUAGCAAACAAACCAGAAGAGCGUGCUGACUUGUUUGAACGAAUGAAGAAACAGAUGGACAGGAAAUCCUUGAUGGCGGCCUCUAUACCAGCAGAGAGCAGUGAGGAGAUGGAAGCAUCGACAGACAUUGGAUUGGUAAAGGGCCAUGCUUACGGAAUUACUGCUGUCAAAAACAUUCACCUUGAGGGGUCUUCUGGUCUGUUCAACUUUUUCAGAAGGGAAAAAAUCCCCAUGGUCCGUCUAAGGAAUCCCUGGGGAGAGAAGGAGUGGAAAGGAGCGUUCAGUGAUGGCUCUGCAGAGUGGAACAAGAUCUCUAAGGACGACCGACAGAAGAUCGGGCUUACAUUUGAGGAUGAUGGAGAAUUCUGGAUGCAGAUGGAGGACUUCUGUCGGUACUUUGUAAAGGCGGCGAUCUGCUGUGUUGUCAACACGUCCAUAUUUGCCUUCAGUAAGACCUGGCACGAAGGUCUGGCCCACAGUAAAUGGGUGAAGCCAAACAGGGCUGGCGGCUGUCUCAACCACAAAGACACAUUCUUGAAUAACCCACAGUUCACAUUUGAGAUCACGGACAAGGAAGAUGAACCAAUGUUCCAGCUAACACAGAAGAGUACUCGUGGGUCAGGUGGCAGUCGUAACAUGACCGUUGGCUUCUCCAUCAUUAAGGUGGAGGAAAACCGACGCUAUCGUAUGCAUGACAUGAGUCAGCAAGAAAUGGUCACCUCUAGUGCAUUCAGGGACAGCCGGGCAAUCUUCCUGCGCCACAAGCUUACUAAAGGUCGUUACGCUAUUGUGGCCUGUACGUUUGACCCUGGGAAUGAGUGCGACUUCCUUCUGAGAAUGUACACAAGCUCUGCUAACAAUUUCAAGCCCCUGAUCUAUGAAAAGCCACAGAAAAACUGGUGGCACUGUUGCGGUGGUAGCAUACAGUUGGUGACGAGGGUCAAGGUCAUGAGGGCAGAGGGGCUAGAGCGCCAAGAAAGGACAGGUGCUGACCCUUACUGUGUGAUCUCGUGUGAGGGUGAGAAAGUCACUACCAAGGUCGUAGAUGAUACCACAUGUCCUGAAUGGAACUCUUCUGCCAUCUUCUACCGAAAAACAGCUCUCAAAAAACCUUUAAAGAUCCAGAUCUGGAACAGCAAUGUGCUCCGGGACACCUACAUGGGCAAGCACGUGUUCACCAGCGUUGACGAGUGUCGCGACAAGAUCUCCGCUGUUGGAUUGGUACAGCGUGGGAAGCAGGGAGACAAGGUCGCCAGUGGACAGCUCUACGUACAGAUAACACAGACAAAGAAAGUCAUGUCGCUGUAAAUAAAGGGAGAUAAGGUCGCCAAUGGACAGCUCUACGUACAGAUAACACGGACAAAGAAUGUCACGUCACUGUAAAUAAAGGGAGAUAAGGUCGCCAAUGGACAGCUCUACGUACAGAUAACAUGGACAAAGAAUGUCACGUCACUGUAAAUAAAGGGAGAUAAGUCACAGUAAUAAACAGAUCAGGCAUACGAAAGAAUGUCAUGGUGUUACCAAUAAAGGGUGAUAACUCACAACUACGCAUAGUCACAGUGACAGUUUUACUGGUCAGACAGUAUUGACCUCUUGUAAUAUAUAUAACACAUUGUAAUACAGGAUCAUUGCAGAUUUUGGAGGGUUUGAAAGUAUCUCAAUUCAGGAAAGGUUUUCUAAAAACCAUUCCUAGCGUUUUAUAAAUAUCAAUAUUAAAACUUUAUUUCCCAAAUAAAGAUAUUUCUUAGAUGAAAUUUUCCAUCUAGGAAGGAAAAUUUAUAUUUUAAAAUGUCAAAUUACCUGUAAAAUGGAGAAAAAGGAAAUAGGUUUAUCAACUUCUUCGGAUUAUCAAGGGUAAAAUAAUGGUGACCUUAAAAAGUUUACUGUCUUUAAUUUCUUACAAAAUGUUAGGUAUCCUAGGUUACUGGAUACAACUGUACACACAGGUCCUAGGCCUGGCUGCCAUGUAUGAUUUAGAUACAGAGAAUAGUCUAUGCCUAUCGAUGUAUUGUCCUUUACAUUCUUCAAAAUUGAUGUUUCGCGAAAGAAGUUGAUACCUGUUGAUAUUAAUAGGCUUUAGAAUGCAAUAAUUAGGUUGUAUGGUGGAUAUUUAGAUGUUUAACAUAUUAUUUACAGCUUAAAGCUGAGUGUGUUCAUGAAAGGUAUUUUAUAAUGAAUUUUGAUUCACUAUGUGAAUUUAUUGAUCUUCAAAAGUCUAUUCAUUUAUUAUGAAUCUUCAGUAAAAUAUUAAUAUUUCAAAUACUUUUCGUGUGCUUGCUCUAUUUGUGUGUCACAGCACCUUCUAUAAUAAUUUCCUUGGAUAUAAAAUUAAAUUAAAUGCUAAUGUCAAUCUUUCAAUUUUUUUCAUAAUUUUACAUGUAAUUUGUUUUAAUAAUGUGUGAUACUCACAUUUACAUUUUGAUGCUGCUGAAUUGGAAUAUUUUCCUGCUGUUGAAGAUAUUUUGUACAGUACAUGUUUGUGUUUUUAAAAAUGCUCAAGGAAAGAUCAAAUAAAAUGAGAUAUAUUUUAUUAAAUAAUAGAUAGAAUGUUUUUAAAUAGAUUUUGGAAAUGAACAAACUUUUUUUGAGGCUAUUUUCUGUGUGAUCUUUGGUGAUGCGUCUGGUGUACUAGUUAUAACAACAUGUAUAAUGACCUUUAAGAGGUCAGACUCCUAGAGCAUUCAUAUCAUCUUACAUAGAUCAUUUAAAAUCACCAGGGAUUAACAAAUUAAUAAUAAUAAUUGGAGGUCCUUAUAUACCGCUUUAUCACAGCCUAGUUUGUAGGUCGUCUCAAUGC